AUGACCUCUAGUGGUGGUUACACCAGCACCAGCACCAUCCCUGUUUCCUGGGUUCAUACCGGAGGAUUCAAAGUCGGAUGGCACGCCCUGGAUGACGCUAUGGACACUGUCCCUGCUGCAACUGAGGGCAUGGACCUUCUCAGUACUCGCGCAAGCAUCAACAGGAAUAUUAUCUUGGUGACAGAUGAGGACCGCAACAAAUUGUAUCAAGUGAACACUGCAGCUGCUGUCAAGCAAGAUAUUCUUGACCACGGAUACGCCUUGAAUGCUGUGGUCAACAUUGGUAUUGCCAACACCAAUGCCAGCCUUGGUAUGAAGAUCGAUGGCUCCAGUAUAAGCUCUACUAUUUACCAAGCCAAUGCAAUUGCAGCUGGGGGAUACUCUACCUACAACAGAGGAGCUGGAGAAGACUACCAAAUUUACAUCACUAAAUGGGACCACUCACGCAGAUUGUAUCAAGGUCGGGAGAUCUCUACAGGAACUGGUGGUCCCAAUGGUGGUUGCACAGAAAACUGUGAAACUCCUGCUCCUACGAGACAUCAUGAAAUUUCUAACCCUGGACCCUGUAACAACCGUCACUUCACUACCUGGAAAAGCAAGCACUUUGAGUACCACGGUCAGUGCAAUCUUACUUUGGUCAAGGAUGCCGAUUUUAUCAAAGGAAAGGGAUUGGACAUUCAAAUCUGUACAAAUAUUGUCCGCUUCUGGUCCUAUACAUCAAGAGAGAGCGUUUCAAUCAAGAUUGGAAAUGACAUUCUUGAGAUUGAAGGUUCCGCUGAUGCCGAUGAUGCCAAAGCUCACUACUGGGUCAACUAUGAAUAUCAAGGAGAGCUUGACACUUUCACCGGCUUCCCAGUAAGUCAGGAGCUUCCCUCUGUCUACAAGCGUCAUUACAUCAUCGAGGUGAACAAGAGUGCUUCCAUUGUUGUCCAACUUUACAAGGAGUUCGUCCGUGUAAAUGGCGGCCAUUCUGUCUUUGGAAACACUGUCGGUCUUCUUGGAAACGACAAGACUGGACAGCUUCUUGCCCGCGAUGGAUCUACCGUCAUGGAUGAUUUUGCUGAGUUUGGAGAUGAGUGGCAAGUCCUUCCUUCCGAGCCGAGAUUCUUCCACAAAGUCGCCCACCCUCAAUUUUCUGAGCUGUGCAUCAAGCCGGAAGAUCCCCUCGGAGAACGCAACCGUCGCUUGGCUGGCCAUUGA